AUGGCUCCCAAUCAAGACACUCAAAUCAUUGGUUAUGCCGAACCUUGGAUUGUUUCCCCUGGAGACCCGGUUGAUAUCAAAAUUUCGAGUACCGAAAAAGGAUACGAUCACCGUUUAGUGCGCCUGGUCCAGGGGUAUAGCGGUCCUCAUGCUCCCCCUGUUGUGCUGGAGGACAUCACCGAAGUUCCCGUUGGACACCACGAGGAUGGUUCCUAUCAAGAUGCUUGCUCAGGCUCCUAUGCUAUUAUUCCAUCCUGGGCAGGAGUGACACCCGCAGUGGGCGAGGGCAUCGAAGUAGAAUUUCAUGCACAGCCAUACUUGCUUGAUGUGGAAUACUAUUGCCAAACGCUUAUAUCCUGUCUCGACAUAUCUUCUCGGAGUGGAUUCGCAGUCGUUUUGAGAAACUCUAUGUUGGAAUUUUUCAUUGGCACAGGGGAUAAUAUCCAGGUUAUCCAGAGCCAACUUGUCGUGAAUCGUUGGCGGUGGCUCCGUAUCCGCCUCAGUGUUGUUAACAACACCUUCACCUCAAGUAUCCAUCAGUUGAACCGUCUAGCUGAGACCGCUCCCAAUGGCGAACAGAUGACCACCACCCUGUUGGCCCCUAUGAUUUUGGGUUCGAAUUCGUUGUUGUUUGGUGCAGGCAUGUUCAAAGACAUAGGUCAACAAAGCUCUAAACCAUCGAGCUUUUACAAUGGCCGAAUCGACUGUCCUUCCUUUACCAUGACAAGCUCAUCUCGGCGCACAGUCGCGAAGUAUGACUUCUCCAAGGACAUCCCCAGCGACUCCAUCGUUGAUAUUUCUGGAAACGAUCGACAUGGUGUGUUGGUCAAUGCACCCACACGAGCAGUCAAGGGAUUUGACUGGGAUGGCACUCAGCCAGACUGGACCAAAGCUUCGUAUGGGUAUGGAGCUAUUCAUUUCCACGAGGAUGAUCUGGAUGACGCAAAAUGGGAAACAAACUUUUCCAUUACGAUCCCAUCCACGGCUCGCUCCGGUGCAUAUGCCGUUGAAGUCAAGUGUUUGGACGGAACAAGCGACAUGAUCACUUUCUUCGUCCGACCGAAUCCCAGUUCCACUGCACAGGUGGCGUUGGUUCUCACAACAUUCACAUACCUUGCGUAUGCUAAUGAGCGAAUGUUUGAUGAGACCAAAUCAUCAGCGAUGACAACUCCGGACGGAGUUAGCAUCGGAAAAGGCAAUGAGUAUUAUAAAAACUUGCACCGACGACCGGAUUUGGGCCUCUCAGCCUACGAUGUUCACACGGACGGCUCCCCCUGCGCAUACUCCAGUGCUCGGCGACCGAUACUCAAUCUCCGACCCGGAUAUGUACACUGGGCCUUGGACCGCCCUCGCGAAUUCAGCGCUGAUCUUCUCAUGGUUAGCUAUCUGGAACGUUCCGGAAUUCCCUACGACGUUAUCACUGAUCAUUGCUUAAGCACCAGAGGUCAGGAAGCAACCUCGCCAUACACGACCCUCAUCACGGGCUGUCAUCCUGAAUACCAUUCUCUUAAUUCUCUUGAUGCCUUUAGUGCAUUUGCAAAGUCUGGGGGCAAUAUGAUGUACUUGGGCGGGAACGGGUUUUACUGGGUAGCCGACGUUGUCAAUGAACGACCUCAUCGCCUUGAAGUUCGGAAGGGCGACCAAGGUUGUCGGUCGGUCACAUUCCCCGCUGGAGAAAGAAUGCACAGUCUCACUGGAUCCCUUGGGGGAUUAUGGCGCAGCCGCGGUCGUGCUCCCAACUACCUCUGGGGGAUUGGGCCAUGUGCGUUCGGUACUGGAAAGGGAAAGCCUUAUACCGCAGAUCUGCGAUAUGCCCAGGAUGCCCAGCUUAGCUGGAUUUUCAACGGCAUGGACCCAUCUGAGCCGAUUGGUGAAAAUGGCUUCGGUGGCGGUGCCAGCGGUGACGAGAUUGAUCGCCUAGAUUAUGCGCUUGGGACACCAUCCAAUGCGGUCCUAUUGGCCAGAAGUCAACAGCAUGAUGAUAGCUUUGGACUUUUCAAUGAGGACUCGAUGUUCCCCAUGGUGAAUACUCUCGGUUCCAAUUGUGAUAUGGUCAGAAGUGACUUGGUAUAUUAUGACACUGCGGGAGGUGGUGCAGUAUUCGCCGUUGGUAGUAUCAACUGGUACUGCAGCCUCGCUUGGGAUGAUUAUAAUAAUAAUGUAGCUACAAUGACUGGCAACGUGCUGAGAGAGUUUGUGAGAAGAGGAAAAGGUGGUGGUAUUCAAUGA